AUGGCUGUUACAGAAAUUGCACUGCUCCGCCUGAAGACCCCAGAGCUUUCGUCUAGCGCGAGGAGCAUCUUGAAGCAAGCUCAACAGGCUCAAUCUGAAUGGUCUGGCUAUCCCGUUCAGUUUGCACGCCAAGUUGAGGACUCGAGUUAUUUCUACAUUCUCGGAGGGUGGGAGUCUAUCGUACACCACAAUGGCGAAUGGAUCAAGUCCGAGACGAACCAAAAAUUGCUCGCGCAGCUCAAGGAUGAUGUUGACGUAGAGUGGAUGUUCCACGUGGACAUUGACGUGAGUCAACACCAAGAUUCCAGUUCAAACCGGCCUAUCGAUCGUUCUCCUGAUAUUCUGAAGCCUUCGACAUCUACCAUUCCUCUCGAUGCACCUGUCAUCUCUGUAAGCAGGUACUUCGUGGAACACGCAAAGAGAGCUGAAUUCGACACUGCGUUCAAUAAUGGUGGGCCCUACCUAGGUGCCCAUACUACGCCAUUCACCUACAGCGGCGGGUGGAGAAUCGAUAAAGAAGGCGAUGACGAAGAAUUUGUCCUUUUCAACGGAUGGAACAAAGUAGAAGACCAUUACGGCUUCGCCGAAACCGAAGCAUUCAAAGAAUUCGGAAAGAUCAAGGGCGCGCUGAAAGGAGCAGAAAUUAAGCACGUGCGGUUGGAGAGGUGGGAAUAA